CGGACUGUCUAGCACAGGUUCCAGAGCGGAACAAUAGAACUAGUUGAAUAGGUCCCUGACCGCUGCCUGAAUGUAAGGUUUUGACAAGAGUCGUUUAACAAAGUAACCGGUGAAGGAUGUUCUCAGAAUGCUCUUGGUUUGACUGAAAUGCAACAUUGGACAGGAGUCGGUAGCUCCGGGUAUGAGCAGAUCAAAGGGAAUACAGCCUUUCAAGGACAAGCAGAGAGAGAAAGAGAGAGAGAUGGAGUCAGAGGCACAGUGGUGGAAGAGCCAGCUAGCAGUGGACAUUCACCAAACUCUGAAGAAGAAGGAGAUGACCCUGCCCUCCUACAAAGCCUCCUCCCCCCAGAUCUGGAUGCGGCGUUACUUCGCUGACUUGCUGGCUGUUGUGAGUGAGCAGUACAGCCUGUGUCUGGCUGCCCACCACCUGGCUGUGUACCUGCUGGACCUGUUUAUGGACCGCUAUGACGUGUCCCUCCACGAGCUCUACGCAUCUGCCCUCUCCUGCCUCCUCCUUGCCUGUAAGUUUGAGGAGAAAGAGGAGAGAAUCCCCAGGCUGAACCAGCUCAACUCCCUAGGCUUCAUGCAGAGCCAAGCUGUGGUCCUGACCAGAGCUGACCUGCUGAGGCUGGAGCUCCAGCUGCUAGACAGCCUGGGCUGGAACCUGUGUCUGCCCACGGCAGCCCACUUCGUCGACUACUACUUGAAGGGGGCGCUGGGGGAUGGGGACCGCCACCGGGGCCGAGCACUUGCCUCUGUGGACCGGACCAGGAACUUCCUGGACAAAUACACUCUGUACUUCCUAGAGGUCUCCCUACAAGACCACUUCUUCCUGCAGUUCGGCCCCUCCCACGUGGCAUCUGCCAGCAUCGCUGCGUCUCGGAUGUGUCUGGACAUCAGCCCCCACUGGACCACCCUACUGCACACUCUCACUGGCUACUCCAACGGACAGCUCACGGCUUGCGUAGAGAUGAUGCUGCUAGCUCAUGACAGUGAUGUGAAACAGGCCAAUAAGUCUAAGCCCAGGUCUGGAGCCAGUCUGACCCCUGUCCAGUCCAGGACCUUCUCCUCUGUUCCCUGCCUUUCCUCUGCCCCCCUGCUCCAGCCACGUGUGCUAGGCGAGUUCCAGGCUUGGAGGCCUGCUGGGUCUCACUACCACGUUCAGCCCUGCCAGAGUGGACUCAUCUCAGGAUCCGCUUCCCAGGCAACCUUCCUCCCCAUCCUGGCCUCAGGAUUGGGUACUCAGUCUCAUCAAGGACCAAUCAGCUUGCAGGUGGCCUCUGAGUCCCGCCACGGCCAUUGCCUCAGCCUACCCUAUAGUGGCGCUUACCUAAGCUCCUCCCAUAACACCUUUGUGGGCGGCUGCUUUGACAGGUGACACCAGCAGAAGUUGGACCUAGGCACCGUGGGCCAAUCAGCUAGCGGGAUCAGAGGACUCUUGGCCAAUAAGAACCCUCCAGAAGGUCUAUUGGUUGGUACAGCUUGUCUUCACUUACACCACCAUCAGAUCUCAGAUGUCUAAUAAAUUAGAUCUAAUAAGUGCUGUUACAGGCACACACACACGCGUACACAAACCACACUCACACACUAUACACACAUACUCAUACGAAUGUAU